CUGUUUCCUACCCGCAGGCAGGUGAGGAAGAGAGGAUGGCAGAGAGAAUGUGACCUGCGCCCACCCUCAUCCACCCUCCGAGUGGCUCCACCAUGCAGAAACCCAGUGGCUUGAAGCCCCCUGGCCGCGGGGGGAAGCAUUCCAGCCCCAUGGGUAGGACGUCCUCUGGGUCAGCCUCGGCCUCUGCGGCGGCGGCGGCGGCAGCCACUGGCUCCAAGGAAGGCUCCCCACUGCACAAGCAGGCCUCGAGCUCGCCGUCCUCCACCGCAGCCCCGGAGAAGCCCAGCUCGAAAGCGGCCGAAGUGGGUGACGACUUCCUGGGGGACCUGGUGGUGGGCGAGCGUGUGUGGGUGAACGGCGUGAAGCCCGGCGUCGUGCAGUACCUGGGUGAGACGCAGUUCGCGCCGGGCCAGUGGGCAGGCGUGGUGCUGGACGACCCCGUGGGCAAGAACGACGGCGCUGUGGGCGGCGUGCGCUACUUCGAGUGCCCGGCGCUGCAGGGCAUCUUCACGCGGCCCUCCAAGCUGACCCGGCAGCCCACGGCCGAGGGCUCGGGCAGCGAUGCCCACUCGGUGGAGUCGCUCACCGCGCAGAAUCUGUCGCUGCAUUCUGGCACGGCCACGCCCCCGCUGACCAGCCGCGUCAUCCCGCUGCGGGAGAGCGUCCUCAACAGCUCUGUUAAGACCGGCAACGAGUCGGGCUCCAACCUCUCGGACAGCGGCUCUGUGAAGCGGGGCGACAAGGACCUACGCCUGGGAGACCGCGUGCUGGUUGGUGGGACGAAGACUGGCGUGGUGCGGUAUGUGGGAGAGACAGACUUUGCCAAGGGCGAGUGGUGUGGCGUGGAACUGGACGAGCCCCUUGGGAAGAAUGACGGGGCGGUGGCAGGCACCAGGUACUUCCAGUGCCCACCCAAGUUUGGUCUCUUCGCACCCAUCCACAAGGUCCUCCGCAUCGGCUUCCCAUCCACCAGCCCGGCCAAGGCCAAGAAGACCAAGCGCAUGGCCAUGGGCGUCUCCGCGCUGACCCACAGCCCCAGCAGCUCUUCCAUCAGCUCCGUCAGCUCCGUUGCCUCCUCCGUCGGGGGCCGGCCCAGCCGCAGUGGCCUGGUGAGGGGACCUUGGGGAGGGUGGGACCCGGUGUCCCAGUCUGCCCUCUGCUUGCCCUGGCUCCCAGAGAAGCAGCAGCACAUCGAGCAGCUGCUGGCCGAGCGGGACCUGGAGCGGGCCGAGGUGGCCAAGGCUACCAGCCACAUCUGCGAGGUGGAGAAGGAGAUCGCCCUACUCAAGGCACAGCACGAGCAGUAUGUUGCAGAGGCAGAAGAGAAGCUGCAGCGGGCACGGCUGCUGGUGGAGAGCGUGCGGAAGGAGAAGGUGGACCUGUCCAACCAGCUGGAGGAGGAGCGGAGGAAGGUGGAGGACCUACAGUUCCGGGUGGAGGAGGAGUCCAUCACCAAGGGAGACUUGGAGACCCAGACGCAGCUGGAGCACGCGCGCAUUGGGGAGCUGGAGCAGAGCCUGCUACUGGAGAAGGCGCAGGCAGAGCGGCUGCUCCGAGAGUUAGCGGACAACCGGCUGACCACGGUGGCCGAGAAGUCUCGGGUGCUGCAGCUGGAGGAGGAGCUGACCCUCCGAUGCGGCGAGAUCCAGGAGCUCCAGCAGUGCCUCCUGCACUCGGGGCCCCCACCCCCUGACCACCCCGAGGCGGCCGAGACUCUGCGCCUGCGGGAGCGGCUGCUGUCGGCCAGCAAGGAGCGCCAGCGGGAGAGUGGCCUGCUGCGCGACAAGUACGAGAAGGCCCUGAAGGCCUAUCAGGCCGAGGUGGAGAAGCUCCGAGCUGCCAACGAACGGUACGCACAGGAGGUGGCCGACCUCAAGGACAAGGUCCAGCAGGCCACCAGCGAAAACAUGGGACUCAUGGACAACUGGAAAUCCAAGCUGGACUCGCUGGCCUCCGACCACCAGAAGUCCCUGGAGGACCUCAAGGCCACGCUCAACUCGGGCCCCGGGGCGCAGCAGAAGGAGCUCGGGGAGCUGAAGGCGGUGAUGGAGGGGAUCAAGAUGGAGCACCAGCUGGAGCUGGGCAACCUGAGGGCCAAGCACGACCUGGAGACGGCCGUGCAUGUGAAGGAGAAGGAGGGCCUGCGCCAGCGGCUGCAGGAGGCCCAGGAGGAGCUGGCUGGGCUGCAGCAGCACUGGCGGGCACAGCUAGAGGCACAGGCCGGCCAGCACCGGCUGGAGCUGCAGGAGGCACAGGACCAGUGCCGCGAUGCCCAGCUGCGCGUCCAGGAGCUGGAGAGGCUGGAUGCCGAGUACCGAGGGCAGGCUCAGGCCAUCGAGUUCCUCAAGGAGCAGAUCUCCCUGGCUGAGAAGAAGAUGCUGGACCACGAGCUGCUGCAGCGGGCAGAGGCGCAGAGCAAGCAGGAGGCCGAGCGGCUGCGGGAGAAGCUGCUGGUGGCUGAGAACCGGCUGCAGGCCAUGGAGUCCCUGUGCGCGGCCCAGCACACCCACAUGAUCGAGUCCAGUGACCUUUCAGAGGAGAAAAUCCGGAUGAAGGAGACCGUGGAGGGCCUACAGGACAAGCUGAACAAGAGGGACAAAGAAGUGGCAGCCUUGACAUCCCAGACCGAGAUGCUCAGGGCCCAAGUAAGUGCGCUGGAGAGCAAGUGUAAGUCGGGGGAGAAGAAGAUGGAUGCCAUCCUGAAGGAGAAGCGGCGUCUGGAGGCCGAGCUGGAGGCCCUGUCCCGGAAGACCCACGACGCCUCGGGCCAGCUGGUCCUCAUCAGCCAGGAGCUUCUGCGCAAGGAGCGGUGCCCCGGGCCCGAGAGGGACCUGAGCCGCGAGGUGCACAAGGCUGAGUGGCGGAUCAAGGAGCAGAAACUCAAGGAGGACAUCCGGGGUCUUCGUGAGAAGCUAACCGGGCUGGACAAGGACAAGGCGCUGUCGGAGCAGAGGCGCUACUCGCUCAUCGACCCCGCCUCAGCGCCCGAGCUGCUGCGGCUGCAGCACCAGCUUGUGAGCACGGAGGACGCGCUGCGGGACGCGCUGGACCAGGCCCAGCAGGUGGAGAAGCUGAUGGAGGUGGCCAGGCGUUGUCUGCUGGCCACACACGGCCAGCAGAGGCACAUGCCCGGGCUCCGGGAUGGCAGGGCCACGCCCGAGGGCACUCGCAUCCGCGGUCAGGGCCUUGUGUCCCUCACAGGCGCCUCAGAGUGUGACGGCUGCCCCUUCAGCCUCCUGAGUCACCUGCUGCCCGGCCGUGCCUGCCCGGCCUGGCGACAGCCCUGGUGGCUGCUGCCCUGUGCCCAGCCCACGCAGAGGACAGCCCCUGCGCCCCUGCAAGCACACGGGUCCCGGCAGGGCCACCCCCAUUCUUGCCCCAAUGCAGCCCAUCCCGCAGGGCGAUGA